CUCACAGUGGUCCCCAUCAACUUUCCCUCCAGGGCUGCCGCUGUUGGGGGAGCCCGCGCGAGGGGGCGUCUGGGAAGUGUAGUUCUGGCGCCUGCCGCCGUCCGCGGGGUUGCGGGAAAGGCUCCGCGUGCGCAGGCGCAUUUCCGGUUCUGCCGGGCCGCCGCAGCCAUUGUCCCGGGCCCGGUGCGGCGGAGGCCACUCUGAGCAUCAGGCACAUCAACAAACAGAUCGGUGUUGGAGAGAACCGAGCCUGCCUACAGGCGCGGAAGGAGCCAGCCCGUGACUCUGGGUGGCCUGAGGUUGCGUGAUGCGGAGGCGGUGAUUACCAAUGCGCGGCUCCUGUCGGGCUAGCGAGUCCGGGCGAGGCAGGCAUGGCCCCGAGGCCUCCGACAGCCGCACCUCAGGAUGCUCCUCGUAUUUCCCCGGAAACAUUGAAUGUGAUCCCACAGGAAUCAGUGACAUUCAAAGACGUGGCUGUGGACUUCACCCGGGAGGAAUGGCACCACGUGGAUCCUGCUCAGCGGACCUUAUACAGAGAUGUAAUGCUGGAGAACUAUAGCCACCUGGUGGCACUUGGAUAUCAAGUCUCCAAGCCAGAGGUGAUCUUCAAGUUGGAGCAAGGAGAAGAGCCUUGGACUUCAGAGGGAGAAUUCCGAAGACCCUUUUGCCCAGACUGGAAGACCAGGAGUGAAGCCAAGUCAACACGUCUUCAUCGGGGCAUAGCUGAAACACCCCGUAGCACAGAUGGUCCCUCCACUGCCACCUUAGAAGUCACCUGUGAUGUUAGUAGCCAGUUAGAAAGGCACCAGGACAACUGGAAGAGACAUCUGAGGCCAGAGGCAGCCAACCAAAAGAAAAGUUUUGAGCAAAAUAAAUUUACUGAAGAUUCUAGGUUGAAUACAGACCUGCUUACACAACUGAACAUUCCUUCAAAAAUACGACCUAGUGAAUGUGAAACAUUUGGAAACAAUUUGGGACACAGCUCAGACUUAGUUAAUCAAAACAAUGUCCUUGCAAAGAAAAAACCCUAUAAAUGUGACAAAUGUAGAAAAGCCUUUAUUCAUCGAUCAUCACUUACUAAACAUGAAAAAACACACAAAGGAGAGGGUGCGUACCCCAAUGGCACAGAUCAGGGACUUUAUUCUGGGAAGAAGCAUCAUGAGUGUACUGACUGUGGGAAGACCUUCCUCUGGAAGACACAGCUUACUGAGCAUCAGAGAAUUCACACUGGGGAGAAGCCCUUUGAAUGCAACGUGUGUGGAAAAGCCUUCAGGCACAGCUCCUCCCUGGGGCAGCAUGAGAAUGCUCACACUGGAGAGAAACCCUAUCAGUGCAGUCUCUGCGGGAAAGCCUUCCAGCGCAGUUCCUCCCUGGUUCAGCACCAGAGAAUCCACACCGGAGAGAAGCCCUAUCGAUGUAAUCUGUGUGGGAGGUCCUUCAGACAUGGCACUUCGCUCACUCAACACGAGGUCACACACAGCGGGGAAAAACCCUUCCAGUGCAAGGAAUGCGGGAAAGCCUUCAGCCGGUGUUCUUCGCUCGUUCAACAUGAGAGGACUCACACAGGAGAGAAGCCUUUUGAAUGUAGCAUAUGUGGGAGGGCUUUUGGUCAGAGCCCAUCCCUUUAUAAACAUAUGAGGAUCCAUAAAAGAGGCAAACCUUACCAAAGCAAUAACUACAGCAUAGAUUUCAAGCACAACUCAACUCUCACUCAAGAUGAAAGUGCCCUGACUGAGGUGAAAUCCUACCAUUGCAAUGACUGUGGGGAAGACUUCAGUUACAUCACAGACUUCACUGACCAUCAGCAAAUCCAUACCAGAGAGAACCCCUAUGACUGUGAGCAAGCCUUUAGCCAACAAACGGUUUCUCAUUCUGGAGAGAAACCCUAUCAGUGUAACGUGUGUGGGAAAGCUUUCAAAAGGAGUACAAGUUUCAUAGAGCAUCACAGGAUUCACACUGGAGAAAAACCAUACGAAUGUAAUGAGUGUGGAGAAGCCUUCAGUCGACGCUCGUCACUCACUCAACACGAGAGAACCCAUACUGGGGAGAAGCCCUAUGAAUGUAUCGACUGUGGGAAAGCCUUCAGUCAGAGUUCAUCCCUGAUUCAGCAUGAGAGAACUCACACUGGAGAGAAACCCUAUGAGUGCAAUGAGUGUGGGCGUGCCUUCCGAAAAAAAACUAACCUGCAUGAUCAUCAGAGAAUUCACACUGGAGAAAAACCCUAUGCUUGUAAGGAAUGCGGGAAAAACUUCAGUCGAAGCUCCGCUCUCACUAAACACCAGAGAAUCCAUGCUCGAAAUAAGCCCUAGGAACCCUGAAAUUGAGGGAUGUAUAGAAAGCUUUAGUUAACAUGCUGUUCUAAUUCAGGACUGGAGCGUUCCUACGGAGUUUGUGAAUGAAAUGACAUAUGUGUGUGUGUAUGUGUGUUGUGUUUGAGAAAACUGUGCCACUAGACAGAAUGUCUCU